GGCGAAUCCAAGCAGCAUGGCGGAAGCCGACAUCAACCAAGCUGUGAACAAGAUGAUGGAGUCGUUGGACAAGGGAACCUUUCGCCCUCUCCAGAAAAACGGAUACGUGUGCAGCGUCAAGUGCUUUGAUAACAAGGACAUUAGCUCUGAGCAAUUGCAGCACUGUAUCGAGCGAUGUCAGCAACCCAUGGCGCAGGUUCAAAACUACCUGAGCCAAGAAAUGCAAAGCUUUCAGAAUCGAUUGCAACGGUGCGCCAUGGAUUGCCAAGACCGCGCGCAAGACUCACUGUCCUCGCAACCUUCGGAAUCCCAAAUUGCUACUGCGCAAGCUGGCAUGGAGAAAUGCGUGUCCAAGUGUGUGGAUGGACACAUCAAGCUCCUUCCUACUUUGAAGAAGCGCAUCGAAGAAACCGUGUCGCAGGCAUCGUCUUAAGUGUACACCAAUCUAUAUCUACACGAUAGCACUACUUCCACCUGGUUGACCACUGGUUGCUUGUUCCAGUUGAACGAUGGCUUGUUUGGUCCGUUCCA